CCCACCUACACACCCACCCACACUCGCAGACACACACGCACCCACAGACACACAGACACGCACACACACAUCACAUACAAUACAUGUGCACAAAUACGUGCAUGCACAAAAUACGUUAAUACUCACAUACACAUAUUUACACAUAUGCAUACACAAACUCACAUUCACAUACAAAGUGUGCUCUUCACACUUACUCUUGCAAUCUGCACCGCAUUCUGUACAGAAAUGUGCAUGUUAUUUUUGGAUAUUCACACACAGAUACAAACACCCACACACACAUGAAGAUACAUACACCUAGACACACACAGCACCAGUGGUACACUUCAGAACGUGUAUCAGUUCUCCUGGGUUCAGCCCAAACCUCAAACCAGAUCAUACAAGUGGAGUUUUACUGUCCCAAAAAAGUGAGAGGAAUGAUGAUGUAAUAGAAAUGAUUUAAAAGAAUGGUAAUACUGUUCCUACUUCUACUACUUAUUCUACUACUACUAAUGUUUUAUAUAUAUACAUAUAUAUGUAUGACUCUAGUGUCGGUGGGGGUAACUUAGUGUAGUACUACAUUAUGUCUGCAGACAAGCUGCUAGGCUAAAAUGUUCUAAUGAGGAUGAAUUAUUCUAGUCUAUUCAUAUUCUCAGAAGAUAAGAGAGAAAAAGUUGUUAUUUUAGCAAUACCUUUAGUUUUGAAAAGUGUGUAAAUGGUUUGGGGGAGGGACUAAUUAGCCCCUCCCAGCCCUUUACUUAAGUACUCAAUUCUGUCCGUCAGUACCUUCUGUCUGUUCAUUUAAAGGUUGAAUUUGUUAAGAUUUUUCGAUUUUUAUUUUUGUAUUUUUGUUUUUGCCAAUUUAUUGUGUUUGGGUUCAUUUUGUGUGGAUUUGUGACCUUGGUGGAUAAAGAGGAUUAGGAAGAUACAGGAUGAAUCUGACUAGUGGGUGUGUGUGCUUGUGUGUGUUUGUGUGGGUUGUAUGUAUGUGUGUAUGCAUGUGUAUGUGUGUGUGUGUACUGUGUGCGUGUGUGUGUGUGUGUGUGCGUGUGUGUGUGUGUGUGUGUGCAUGUGUGUGUAUUGAAGGUGCCAGUGAUAGAGAAACAGUGGAAUUGUGGAAGAGAAGGGGGGGUUAGAAUUAUGCUAAACCCCUCCUUUACCUUCAAAGAACAGGGUUCAAAUUAGAAUGUAACACUUUGAUUGUGCUUUUAGCUUUUUGAAAUUGUAGCUACUGGUAGCCGGUUUUCAAUACCAAACCUACACUUUUCAACACCUUUGACCUGUUUUUCUGUAUUCCUCCCAUAAUGUGUAUUCACUUCCUGACCUAUGUUUCGACCAACAAUUCUGUCUAUCAGUGUAGUGUGAAUAUCUAUUCAAGGAAGAUCAGAGUUACCGUUUAUAGCCAUUACAGCAAACCCAUGGGUCUGGUUCAAAAGAGAUGGCAAUAAUCAAAUAUUUUGACAUAUUUAGACAAAAGAUGGAAGCUAAUGUAGCAUCUCAAAACUGAAAUUUGUCCUCUUGCCUGGUGUUCAUGUUUAAGCGUUUAAGUGAAGUCUGGGGACAAACAGCCCUGGAACAUGAAUGUAUGAAUUUGUGAGAAUGAGACUUGAAGCAGGAAAGCAUCUACUUUUAGAAUGGAAAAUCAAUGAAAAAGGAACAGGACAUUUAAUUUUUGUGUCAUUUUUUUCUUUCUCCAAAAUACAGUACACACACAAAAUCUCAGAAAAAUAAAGUAAAAUCCACAGGUGAUAAUGUGGUCUUAAAGAAUUUUAAAGAAGUCUCUGCCAAGAUGAACUUGAAAUACGACCAUUUUUGGUCUUUAUCUGCCAUUCUGACGGCACAGUCCAGGUAGCUUGGGAUGAUGAAGGUGGAUAGGUGUCUAUAGGGGAAGGUCAAAAUGCUGCAAUGGCAAAAAUGUCUCAGGCAGUUGUUAGUGCAGAAUAAUAAUAUUAUCAGUAAUUUAUGGUUCAUUCCCAGGAUUUUACACAUGGGGUUCAGGGCAGUGUAAAUAUGUAUAUUCAUUUGACAUAUACAGUACUGUACCUGAAGAGGAAAAGCUCUUGUUGCAUUGCUCUCUUUGAAGCAAGGCUGCUAACUCGAUUGCUUAGAGGGGUGUGUGUUUUCUCUUGUUUACAAUACAGAUUGAAGAAUGUCAUAAUUUGUCAAGUGUUCUGUAGAAUUGGCAAAAUUACAUAGUUUCCCAUGAAUCGUGCCAAGACUAAUGAAUCUGCUCUACAGCGGUGCACUAAUAAUGGGAUUAGGUGCUCUGUAAUCCAGCGAAAUCAACUCAAUCCAUUAAAGUCACUUCUCUUUAAUACCUUGCUCUUGGCAGAGAUGUAUUGACUGUGUGGAUAAUACAGUGCAGUCAUGGCCACAAUUUAAAAUGUACAUGUUUAUGACCGUAAAUUCACAAUGUCUUAAAAGGACUGCAGUCUAGCAUGGGGGUAAUUGUCUCUUGAACUUUGGGUUAUUUGGGUCACUUUCUCCUUCCAGCAUAGCAAUGGACCCGUCAUCCCAUCGCAAGAAGACAUCUUUAUAAUCCAUUAUAAAGACCAUUGCAGACAUGUCUGCGAUUAAACUGACACAAUUCGCAUAAAUACAUUACAUUACAUUUGGCAGACGCUUCUAUCCAAAGUGACGUACAGUAAGUGCACACCGAAGGUCAGUGGCCAACACAGGUCCGAUAGGAUACAAUAAUCAGUGUAACAGGUAUCCAUAGCCAUGAACAUUAAGUCCAGUUCACACAGUAAGAAGAGGCUAGGGCAGAAAGUUAUGAAAAGUCAAAAUAGAAUGAGGCAUAACGACAAGAUAUGAUAAAGCUACAACUUCAAGAUAACAAUACAAGUGGAAUAUAGUACUGGAUGAAGAUACAAGUGUAACAUGAAAGUGUUGGAGAAUGAAGAUAGACAGAUACGUGUGAUGUGAUGUUGAUCUGAUGUUGUACAGGACAAAUCUGCCAGACUGUGACGUUGCUGUGAUGUGCUCCUUGGAGUCCAGCUGCUCAUCAAGGACUACCCCCGGGUUCUUAGCAGAGUACCAUUGACAGUGAUGGAGAGCUCUCGUAGAAGGGGGGUCUUAUGAGGGAUGACGAGCUGCUCCGUCUUGUUGCGAUAUCACUACUUUAUAAGAAAAGCUUUUUUUCCAUGCUUUUUAAAAAGAACCAGAGUGAUAGUUGUGUUCAUCAUCAUCAUCAUCAUCAUCAAUCUACAAUUUCUUUGGGUCUCAGUGGAGAUUUUACACAGCAUUUGUAUCUGUUUUCUUUGAAUGGUGUGAAUGUUUUAUAGAGGGUGGUGUGUACAUUAUUAUAACUUAUGUUUACUGGUGCAGCUGAGGUAAGGUUCAUAAGGGCAGCACAACCCCCCACUCCCCCCCACCCCAGAUUUAGCAAACUAACAUACUCAGCAAAUCGAUUUCCCACCUGUCAAACUUAUUUCCCUUCAUUUACAGUUUACAAUUUCGUCGUUUGGCAGACGCUUUCAGACAAAUUGACUCAUGAAAGUGCAUUGACCUUUGCACUAUAGCCCGAUAUUUUUAAGGGGAUAUCUACCCUCAAGACUUUCUUUAACUGAAAUAAUUGGUGGUGAGUGAAAAAAAAAGGUUUGUCGCGAUGAAAAAAUAAACCACUCAAACCACCAGUUCUGUUAUAAUUAAAUCAAAUAGCCUAAUACGUGUAUGUGUAAUGCAUUGAGUUAGUUUCAACUAUAUUUUAAAGAAAGAUCCGUUUUCAUUAAAGAAAACUGUUAUGGUGGCACUUCUUGCAGACUGCAGAGUAACGGUUAUGCAUAAUAGCUUGCCUUGUGGCGAAAGAACUGUGGUCUAUGUGGACCAGGUGAUUUUUCUUCACUGGCACUUCACUCUGAAAAGAGGUUUUUUUAAACUAUCCAACCCAAACCACAUACUUUAACUGCGGUAUAUCUACGCCAUUGUUUUACUGUGGGCGCGUGUGCGAAUCAUUAUGCGCCUGCUACAGAAAUUACUGAAGAAUGUAAUGGUUUAUCAGAUAAUUGGCAUGUUACUUUUGUCAUCGCUUUUACAAUUCUGUACAGUAUUGCUUUGGUAGUUUCAAAAAUGCAUUCAUAAAUUUGUUCCUAAGAUUUACAAUUUUUAAAUACAUUUUAAUUUUAAUUGCGAUGAUGUCAUACAAUCCGUCCUUAAAUACGGCUAAAACAACAACAUUGAACUUUUCCACAGUAAUACCGAACAUUCUUCCCACCAAGAACAGGUCUUUUGUCCCGCAGCUCUUGUCGAAAAGAAUGUGGCGACACCCCCACACUUCAUUACUGUCAUUUGUACUUCUCGUCGCUGUGGUGACCCUGUCCGCUGCCGUGACGACCCUGCGCACGUUCCGUGGCUGUGCGGUGCGGGAGUUCUCUUUCAUCGCACACAAGCCAGGGUGUCGCAGUCUGCAGAUACAGACAGACGCGUGCUGGGGUCGCUGCCAUACCUGGGAGAAGCCGGUCCCGCACCCCCCCUACGUGCAGCGUCACCACCGCGUGUGCACGUACAGCCGCGCGCUCCACCUGACGGCUCGCCUCCCCGGGUGCCGCGCCCACGUCUCCCCGCUGUACCCGUACCCGCUGGCGCUGCGGUGCGACUGCGCUGCCUGCUCCUCCCAGGACACCGAGUGCCAGACCUUCUGAGGGAGCGGCCCGCUGCGCGCUGACCAAUCACGGCACGGCCUGCCGACAACACCACCGCAGGGGGCUGCCCAGUCCUGUUCCCGGAGUUCCUGGAGUAGGUUUUCACUCCAACCCUAAUUUGGCACGUCUGAUUCUAAAAAUCAGCAGCUAAAAGAUAUCUCUAGCUGUUUAAUGAGAUGUGCUUUAUUAGGGUUGGAAUGAAAACCUACAGGGCGGUAGAUCCCCAGGAACAGGGUUGGGCAGCUGUGAACCACAGCAAUGUCAUAUCACAGUCAUAGUGUCGUAGCUCAGAGCGGCAGUCUGAUGCAACACAGGCAUCCUGCAGCAACUCAGCACAGCAUAGGUGUAGAAAGGCUAAUCAAUGUGGCCUUACUUUACACUGUAAAAACAGCAAAUGGCUGACUAAUUAUUCAGCUCUCGUUUCUUUUGCAAAGGAUUUUUCAGGGACGCAAGAAAACAACAGAACAACAAAUUUCGACAAAUGUUUUUCUUUUCCUCUCGAUUUUUAUUCUUUAUUUUCAAUAACAACACCACCAUAUAUAUAUUCUUGGUUCUUACUAUAAAACUCAUAGAAAAUUCAAGCUCAUCGAUAUAAAUUAAGUGCAAACAUUCUUAAGUCAUGAAUGAAUGGAGCAAGCAUUGAAACCAGCUGUGCAGUACCGUGUUUCUAAUGUCUAACAGCGGGAAGAGGGACGAGGCUGCAGGAUUUCUCCCUGAUAACAAUCAGAAAAGAGCAGAAGUGAUUUUCCUACACAGUGAGUAAAAAUCAAUGCUAAUUGUGUUUCUGGUUUGGCGCUUUUCUUUAUUAAUGCAUACACAGUGUAACUGUCCUUUGUAACAAACUGAAUAAUCCUGAAAUAAACCAACAUGGAAAAGCAUUUGAAAAUAAAUGUUUUCACUUGAGUUCUCUUUCUUUUCCUGUCUCAUGCUUUCUGUCCAUACCUCUUUCCAUGCCUCCUUCACUCUCUCUCUCAUGCACACACUUGUGCUCACACAUACACUCAUACACACACACGCACACACGCACA